UCUCACUUAUCGCUGAACAUUAAGUUAUCUUUCUUAGUAUUUGUGAUGGCUCUUUUUUCAUUUGGCAGUACCUCCGAAAGAUAUCAGUAUUUGGUUACCGCAUAUUCCUGAUCUAUGCGGUAAUAAGUUUAUACUCUUAAUCUUUUGCACUCCCCUGUAACCAUUUAUAAGAGUAACGUUAUAGCUUUUAUCAUUCUCUCUCGGAAGGUUACUAAUGUGAUAGCCUUCUGUGCUUGAAACAGGUUCCGCUAGCUUUGGGUAUCACAUGGGCUAUGGCUUUCCUCUUGACAGAAACAGGAGCCUAUAGUUACAAGGGGUGCAAUGCGAAUAUUCCUGCGAUCUAUGGCCUUUUACCCUCCUAUUUUCCUGCCUUUAAUUUGAAACUGUUGCUAAUGCAUAACAGGAAAAGUAGGGGGGGUUUAUCGCUUCGAUCCCACAAGUCAUGGUAGCAGCUCUACUCUGUUUCAUGUGGGCAAUGCUAAAAGCUUUGAGAUUGUCGAAUCUACGAUAUAGCGAGGCCGGAAGCUCCAGGAAUAUCAUCAUCGUCGGGUUAUCAUUGUUCUUCUCGCUUUCUGUACCUGCAUACUUUCAGCAAUACGGUGUCUCUCCAAAUAGCAACCCGUCUGUCCCCAGCUAUUUUCAACCGUAUGUCGUAGCUUCUCACGGUCCAAUCCGCACUACGUUUGGAGGGUUGAAUUAUUUCCUCAACACGCUACUCUCGCUCCACAUGGUGGUUGCCUUCAUCAUGGCCGUGAUCCUGGACAACACGGUGCCAGGUAGCCGGCAAGAACGUGGCGUAUACGUGUGGUCCGACUCCGAAACAGCAAGGAGGGAGCCUGCUGUGGCCAAGGACUACGAGUUGCCCUUCAGAGUUGGCCGGCUUUUCAGAUGGGUCAAGUGGGACUACGAGUUACUUUUCAGAGAGUGAAGGAAGAAACAAACAGAGGAGUAACUCACUCUCAAAUGGGGGUUGGACGACUCUGCAAGUCCCUUUUGCAGCUGGCUUUUUGUUUGGUGAAACUAGUGCACAGCAGAUUUAGCUGCAACUGUGUCAGUAGGUUUUGGAGAAGAGAAGAGCACCUUAGCUUGCUAGCAAAGUUGGGGACAGUCGAUUAUAGGUAAGUUACAAUCCUAGUUUUCUCUGUACAUUUUCAUGGAUCCAUUGAUGGAUCUAACCGUGUUGUAAUUUCAAUCUCUUAAAACUUUUUUUUUUAUAAAUUCUGGCCUGUUCAUGUAUGUAUAUUAGUUAUAGUCUUCUUGAUUCAUUUGGGGGCAAUGUCUGGGGGGAAGGUAGAGAGAAAAUGAGGGAGAUAUUCUGUUUUUAGAUCUGUAUAUUAUUAUAAAGAGAAAUCCCUAUAUGAUUCCCAGGAACAGUUUGUUCUCUACUGUCUAGUUUCUGCCCACAAAAAUAGAAGAGUUAUUAUUUGACGCUCUACCAAAGCAUCAUGUUUUUGUGUUUGGUGUACGUAGUAAACCAAAACAUUUUGGACAACUACUAGACUUUAGGAUUAUGUACAGUACCAUGACAGCCACCUCAAAAUAUGUAUAGUUUAAAUGUCUUGUAAGAGAGCUUUAACUUCUCGAUGAGUGGUAUUGGUAUGUAUUUAAUAUUUAUGUUAAGGGUUUGUUGUAAGCUAACUAUAUUAGGUGUAAAUAUAAAGAUUUUAUUAUUAGUUUGGGAGUGGUGGAUAGUCAACGCGGCAUGCAGUGGGUUUGACUUGACUAGGCCGAAGAUCUGACGACUGAUAAAGCCCCGUAACCACCGAGGAAGAUCCAAAGCCCAAUCUCCACCGUUGGUGGAUCUGUCUACCAACAACAAUGGAUGAGGGGAGCUUAAUCUAAUCUAAUCAUCAUCAAAUACUGGAAUUUAAUAAUAAGCUAAAUGUCACAUUUGGUCACUGAGAUUACUAAAUUGUGCCAUGUUUAGUCACUUGAAAAUUUUAAUAUCAAUUUUGGUCACUCGAAUUACUGAAACAUGUCACAUUCAGUCACUCUCCCGUUAGCCACCGUCCAACUUCGGUCACUCGAAUUACUGAAACAUGUCACAUUUAGUCACUCGAAUUACUGAAACUGGUCACAUUUAGUCACUCUCCCGUUAGCCUCCGACCCUCCGUCCAACUCCAUUAAUAGAGUUGGACGAAAACUAACGAGAGAGUGACUAAAUGUGACAUAUUUCAAUAAUCCGAGUAACCAAAAUUGAUGUUAAAUUUUUUGAGUGACUAAACAUGCACGAUUUAGUAAUCUCAGUGAUUAAACGUGGCAUUAACCCUUAAUAAUAAUAGGGGAUUCCAUUCCUCUAAGUGGGUUGCUGAGUUGUUGCGUGGAAAGAACAGAAGAGGGAAAUCAAUUCAACUCUCCACAUAGUAAUUAACCAACAACAAAUACCUACAUUUGUUUUGUUGAUUGAAAACGCCACAUCAUCAGUGUGCGUGUGUGUGAAACCAGGGGAUACCCAUUGAGAAUCUGCUGUAUCGAGGAAGUUUAUUGGUAGAUUAAUUCGUGUUGUUAAUGGUUGCUUAAGAAGUCAAUGUGUAUUUAUCGAAUUUAAAUAUGCAUAUUAAGACGAAACAAAAGGUGUUAAUAUGUGUGUAUAGAUAUGUGACGAGCCAAUGAGGAGUCUGUAUAAACCGCAUGUCCAUGCUCAGAGUACGUACGUGCGUACGUUAUCAAACUUCAAAUAAGUGUAUAAGUUGAUA